CUUUGAUAACAAGGCAAGGCUGGCAACAUCCAAUGGUUUUAGGCGGCCAUAAUUGGGGCUCUAGUACAUGGCAUGGGAGAGAAAUCAGUUCGCGCAGGGACAGGCAAAGUUUGGCAGUCUGAGGAGGGAACACACUGCCUUCAAGGCCUUCAAGGCCAAUGUUUAUCCCCCAGCAGAUGCAUUCUAAACUACGGAUAGGGUCGCUGUUCUUGAUUUUUAACACAGGUCACUCUGAAACUCGUACAGGUAAAGUCUUGCCUUGAUCGGUAUCUUUCCCUCUUGAGAAUCGAGCUGUUGAGACGAUUUAUUUACACAGUAAGCCUUCUGCCAUUCCACAAGAACGACAACACACAUCACCAUGAAUUGUUCAAACCCAUUGGGUUCAAGCAGAAAAGCCAAGGCAGGAGUCCCUCGUCACAUACAAACUACUAUCAACUAUUACCGAGACCCAGGCGACGGCACGGAACAUGCCCCAAGUAUUGCCGGAAAAAGAGAGACAUUCAAUAAACCCUCUAUCGACUUGCCUACUACGAUUACCGACAUUACUGGGAGUGAGCACAAAUACACACUGGACAGCCAUGGCUUUCAGCUUUGCCCCCACAUAAGCCAGGAGAAGACAUUUGACAACGAGGAACGGAUCAAGCAAGUCUACUAUACUGAGGUUCAACAACUGGUCUUAAAGAUGACUGGUGCUUCCCGACUGCACAUAUUUGACCACACAAUUCGGCGACCGAACCCUGCUGCCUCCCACUCCGACGAAGAGCGUCGGCCAGUAAGGCAAGCACACAUUGAUCAGUCCGAAUGGGCUUCAAGAAACCAGGUUAUCCGACAUAUGGGGCAAGACGCCCCCCGGCUUCUUCAGUCACGCUUUCAGAUUAUCAAUGUUUGGCGCCCCAUCAAAACAGUUCGCAAAGACCCGCUGGCAGUUUGCGAUUCUCAAUCAGUCCCUGAUAGGGACAUUCUUCCCAUAAAGCUGAUUUACCCAGAUUGGGUGGGAGAGCCAUGCACGAUGCUACCCAACAACGAUCAUUGUUGGUACUACAAGCAUAACCAGACGCCAGAGGAGGUGAUGCUCUUCAAAUGUUACGAGUCGAAAACAGAUGGACGUGCGCGACGAGUCCCACAUGCGGCGUUUACAGACCCUGAGACAGUUGAUGAAGAGCCCAGGCAAAGCAUAGAAGUUAGGGUGCUGGUAUUCUACGAAGACGAUGUAGAUAUGCUAUGA